ACUGCCCGGCGAGACCCAAGCCUACCAAUAACAAACUCUCUUCCUGAAGAAACGCCCCGUCCCCGCCCUCCGGCCUCAAUAACUAGACCCUUUUCCCCACCCCUUCUCUCCACCUCUACUAGCUCCCUCUAUCGGCUUCCUCUUACGCACGCGGGGCGCGCGGACGUCGCCUUCUGACGACAGCGCCAACGCCACCGCCGCCGCCGCCUCCCGUUCCCCCUGACCGGCGGUUGGGGUUGGCGGCAGGUGUAGUGGCUACGGAGAGGGACCUGCCGGAGCAGCCGCGGGCGGCGGCGGCUUCAUGAGCCUCCGGCUGUCGCCGCCCCAGUCGCUGACUCUGCUGCUGCUGGUCGUGACGAGGGGCAAUUGUGUCUUCCUCUCCCAGACAAGGGUCAUGUACGUGUGCAGCAGCAGCACCACCAGUAGCAGCGGCUGUGGGGGUCGCGCCACCCCAGCCGUGGGCUACCAAAGCGUGGUGGCUGACAACCAGUGCCUGCGGCUGCCUUCCGUGGCAGGCGCAGAUCCCCAACGCUGCAACGAGCUGCUCUUGUUGGCGGCGGCGGGACUCCGCGAGCAGGAGAACCAGCGGAGUAGCCUCGGGGAGGAGAAGCCAGAGACUUCCGCGGAGGCAGCCCCCCAGCAUCACGUCCUCUACUUCCCCGGAGAUGUCCAGAACUAUCGUGAAAUUAUGGCACGCCAUCCUGAGAAUUUUCAGUGGGAAAGCUGGAGUCUAGAAAAUAUUGCUUUCCUUCUAGCACACCACUUCACCAAUAGUUAUAUUUGGGUAGUAAAGAGCUCCCGAAUGCAUUUGCACAAGUUCAGCUGUUACGACAAUUUUGUGAAGAGCAACAUGUUUGGUGCCCCAGAUCACAGCAUUGAAUUUGGAGCUUUUAAGCAUCUUUAUUCCUUGUUAGUUAAUGCAUUUGCCCUUACACAGAAAAUUGUCCUGUCAAAGAAGAAACAGCAUGGUUUAAGAAGAGAGGCAAAGACUUCUAGCUGCUGUAGAGCAAAUUCAUCUCAUACUUCGAAUGGCUGCCAGGGAGAAAGAGAAAGAAAAUAUGAACAAUAUGAUGAUGCUGCCACCAACUUUAAUCCACCAUCUUUUAAAGAUGCAUCCUUUACUUUGAUUGGAUUCAGUAAAGGAUGUGUUGUUUUGAACCAACUGCUUUUUGAGCUGAGAGAAGCCCAGAAAGAUAAGAACAUAAAUUCCUUCAUCAAAAACAUAAGAACAAUGUACUGGCUAGAUGGUGGUCACUCAGGAGGAAGUAAUACUUGGGUUACUUACCCUGAAGUGUUGCAAGAAUUUGCAAAGACAGGGAUUGCAGUUCAUACUCAUGUUACUCCUUACCAGGUAAAUGACCCCAUGAGGUCUUGGAUUGGAAAGGAGCACAAGAAAUUUGUACAAAUUCUCGAGGACUUUGGUGUGCAGGUGACUAACCAGAUUCAUUUUGAGAAGGAACCUCCUUCCAUAGAAAAUCACUUCAGGGUUCAUGAAGUAUUUUGAAACUUGAAGCGUAACAAUUUUACUUUACUCAGUUGAAGAACAAAAAUACUGUUGUGAAAUCAAGUGACAUAAAACAACAUUCACUAGACACCUUGAAUUGUUAGUUUGAGGAAAAUAGAAGCAGGUUACUAAAAAUUGGUAUGAUGCACUGAUGGUAUUCCUUGAAAGUGAGUUCCAGCAAUUAUUAAUCUGAGUUGAGUUAGAGUUUCAGGUCACUUUGAUAUUAGUGUGAUUAUUGCUAUUCCUUUGGUGUAACUCUUGAAAUUAGUGAAAAACUUGUAACUAGUGUUUCAAAGGCAUAUGUGAUUGAUUAAAAAUAUAAAACUAUUAUUGACAUUUAAAUAAUUGGAAAUUUUGAAUAAUAUUUACCCCUUACUUUAAAUUAAUCUUGGUAACAAUAAAGAAACAGUAAGUAUUUUGGCACCCUUAAGAUUUAAGAUUUGAUUUCACUAUAUACUUGGGUGGAAACAUUCCCUUUGUCUUAUUCUUUAGUAGAGGCAAAGGUAUGAUGAUAUUUUCUAUUGCUUGGGAGUAACACCAUUUUGUGCCUCAUUCUUGUCACUACAAAAAGGAUAUUUACAUAGCCUUAUUGAUUCAUCUUGUAACAUCUGUCAAGGAAUAACCUUUUCUUCUAGGUCGUAUAAAAUAUUAAACAAAUGCUUUUUAUGUAUAGAAUAAUGACCAAUAAUAUUUUAGUGUACAAUUGGCCAUUAAGUUUUAUCAUUCCAUCUCAGCUUUAGAGUUCGAUUUUUAAUUGAAUAUUUUUUGACAAGACAAUACUAAAAUUCAUUUUGUUCAAAAACUUAUUUUUUGGGAAAUUUGUCUGAAACCAUAUAGAAUUACAUAUUUGUAUUAGCUGAUAUGUACUCUGGUUAGAUUUAAACAUUUUAUUUCAUGAAUCUUAUGAAAGAAAUCAACAUGGGUGGUAAAAAACCUCCCCCAAAAAUCAUUGCUCCACUUAUUACUCUCCCUAAAAGAAGACAAAUUCUGCAGUUCUAAAUCACUGGUUUCUUUCCAGAAGUGUGAUUUGCCUGCCAAAAGCUAACAGCUCUCUUUGGCCAAAAUGCAAAAUUACACUGCAGAAAGAAGUUAGAAAGGAAAACUUAAAGACAAAAUUUAAUUUUGGCUUAAAAAUUGAAUUUUGUUAACACUGCUGCAUAACUUAGGUGAAGGCCCCUUCUGCUAUUUUUUUUUUUACUUGACCUAAAUAAAUACAUUUUGAGAAAACAGGAUACCAGUUAUCGAUGAAAAGAAGUUGAUGAAUAUAAAAAGAUUUUUUUUAUCCACCUAUCAGAAUGGAUACUUGUUGCAGUUACCUUAAGUAGUUGUGCAGUAAACAUAAGUGAGAUUUAAAUCUUGUGAUUUGAAAAAAGAGAUAUAGAAGUCAAAUAACUUAGUUACCAAACAGACAGUUUACUCCCUGAAUAAAUAAAUCUUAUUUACUCACUGAAAACUUAAGUCAGAAUAGGAUGAAGAUAAUUACAAUCUUGAUUUCAGUUCAAAUAAAAUAAUUUCAUAGGAAUGUCCUACUUAGUAUUGUCUUUUCACAGUAUACCUUUUAAAAACCAUUUGCUACCAACACAUUCCAAAUGUUCAGGGCUUAAUGGGACGUGGGAUCAUUGUCUAAAAUUUUCACUGAAAAGGAACUACUUAAGCAGAAACAUCCCAUUUUGUUAUAACACUUAGUUCUGUAUAGAAAAACUGUAUUUAUAACCUCCUCUUGGAUCUUUUUAGGGGGAGAAAUAUAGUUUUGUUGUCUAUACUUUCUUUAAAUAACUAGUUUCUUUUGAGACCAAAAAUUCCUACCAAAAAAUUCCCUAACCCACUCCUAACCUUAAAAAAAAAAACUACAAACAAAGCAGUUGAUACAAUAGGUCGUAGUUACCGCUAAUUACCUAAAUGUAAUGUUUUUAAAAACCCCUCAUUCCCAUAUGUGAAUUUUAAAUUACUAUGCUUAGAUUAAUGAGUAAAAUGCGGGGUUUAUUUUCCAUUGAGAUAGAAAUGAGGCUUAGGGUAGAAAAGUUCAGGGGAGAGUGUUUUUCUACAUAUCUUUAAUAUUGAGAUUAUAAAUAAACAACUUAAGUACUUUAUGUAUCAGUGUUUAUGUGAAUGAUAAACCAUAACCUUAAAAAUGUCUUUAUUGAACAUUUCUGGAUAGAUACUCUCUGGAAAUCAAGAGAAUCAACUGUCAGGCUCCUAGUCCUACUACAAUAUCAAAGUGUUAUUUUUUUCUAUGCUAGAGAUAAAUUUCUCCUGAGUAGUGUUUAAUUUUUCAAGAAAUUGGCCUGUGUUUUAAUGACUAGUUAUUAGUAUUUUAAAGCAAAAAUUUUUGUGACAAGUUGUUUUCUACUUUCAUAAUUGUAAUAAUAUAUACUUUUCGAUUGUGCCUUGUGUCACAAGUUGAAAAACAGACAUAAAAACAAUGUAAAAGAUUGAUCUCACCACAGAAUUAAUGUAUAAUUGUAUUAAAAUUAGUAAUUCAUAAAACAUUUUUUGAGUAUGUUAUACAUACAAAUAAAAAGGAGUUCAUGAAUGUUGAGAUCUUUGAGCAAAAGCUGCUAAUGUGUCAGGUUAAGUUUGAAAAUGUGAAAGAUUAUUAAAUUUUCAUUUUCUUUGGUCAACCUACGUUACUUGUCUAAAUUCAUUUUGAACAUUAGUUGUAAAAAAAUUAGUUACAUAAUCUCCUAUGAGAGCAAAAUUUUUUUUCCCAGUUUUGAAUUACUUAACACAUAUAAUAUUUUUCUCAUUGUGAUGGAUUUUAUUUUCUAGGAUGGGCUAGAUUUCAUAAAUGAAUUUACUGUUAUUCUUAAUCUUCGUAAUUUUUAGUUUUAUUGUCUCAGUUCUUCUGGAGUGGUGUUUAUCAAAAUGUUUAGAACUCUACAAGAGUUUUUAAUGUAACAUUUUAUUUUUUGGCAUGAGUAAUUUACUUUUGGUAUCUAUAUUUUAUCACCAUCCUUAGUUGGGCAAAUUUUUGUGAUAUCAAGUGCGAACAUGUAGUAUCUUUUGCUGUGCCCAAAUGGUCCACAAAUAAAAAUCUUGAGGAUUUAAUAAUAA